AUGGCGAGCGGAAGCCACAUGCAUAAUUUCACCACCCUCAUCAAGCGGCUCGAGGCUGCCACCUCACGCUUAGAGGAUAUGGCCAUGUCCCUAGAUGACCCAAACGUCUCAUCGAAGGGCAUGAAUGGUGCUGCUACCGCGGCGCCUGCGACUCCAGAACCACCCAAGCCCACACCUCCCCCUCCGGCAGCCCCUGCUGCGCCCCAGAUCCCACUCCAGAUCCAAGACUUCGAUGCAUUGAUCAAAGGAGACGUCCAGAACUUUGUGAAGCUGGGCGAGAAGAUUGGAGGCCUGGUGGAAGAACAGUCCAAAGCCGUUCUGCAAGCAUUCGUUGCCGAGCGCACAUACCUUUUCGUCACGACGAAGGCGAAGAAGCCCGAGCCCCAGCCUAUCGAGCUGAUGACAGACCUUCACAAGGCUUCUGACAGCAUCAACAACAUCCGGGAAUCGAACCGUGCCUCUCCGCUGUUCAACCACCUGAGUGCUGUUGCGGAGGGAAUCGUUGCGCUUGGUUGGUUCUUCGAGACUAAGCCGGCGGCUUUUGUCGAGGAAAUGAUUGGUGGAAUCCAGUACUACGGAAACAAGGUUCUGAAGGAGUACAAAGAGAAGGACUCAACACACGUCGAGUACAUCCAAGCAUACUACCAAAACUUCAAGGGUCUUUCUGCCUUCCUCAAGAAGCAUUAUCCCACUGGCUUGACCUGGAACAAUGAGUCCGGUGUGGAUGCACUGGAGGCUCUCAAGCAGAUCAAGGGCGGCCCUGUCCCGGCCGGCGCUGGCGCCGUUCCUCCUCCCCCUCCCCCUCCUGUCCCAUCUCUGAACGUUCCUGGUGGCGGCGCUCCUCCACCUCCGCCUCCUCCAGGCAUUCCUCCGGCUCCGGCCCCGAGUGCCCCCGCUCCAGACAUGUCUGCUGUCUUCGAUCAGCUCAACCAAGGCGAGCAGAUCACCGCUGGUCUGCGCAAGGUUGACAAGUCGGAGAUGACCCACAAGAACCCGAGCCUUCGCGCAGGCUCUACUGCCCCGGAAGGCUCGAGCGCCGUCCGGGGUAAGUCUCCCGCACCCAACAAGAAGCCCAAGCCCGAGAGCAUGCGUGCUCGCAAGCCCCCGCGCAAGGAUCUGGAGGGCACCAAGUGGCUAGUUGAGAACUUCGAGGGCUCUGAUGAAAUCAUUGAGAUCCCUGCUCAGAAGAACCACUCAAUUCUCAUCUCACGCUGCAACAAGUGCAUCAUCAAGGUCCCCAACAAGGCCAAUGCUAUUGCCAUUGACAACUGUACUGGCCUUUCCAUUAUUGUUGACUCUCUGGUGAGCAGCCUGGAUGUCAUCAAGUCGCCCAAAUUUGCUCUGCAGAUCGAUGGUGUCGUCCCCACUGUCCUUCUGGACCAGGUCGAUGGUGCUGCUGUUUACCUCGGUCAGCAAAGCCUUGCUACCGAGAUCUUCACUAGCAAGUCUACUGCUGUCAACAUCAUGCUUCCUCCUAAGGAGGGAACUGACGACGAUACCAAGGAGUGCCCAAUUCCUGAGCAGUUCAAGAGCUACGUCAAGGAUGGUGUGCUUGUCAGCGAGAUUGUCGAGCAUGCUGGCUGA